AUGCCCUCGGUGGCUUCACAGCUAUCCAUAGAUGAUUUCCUCGCAAGAGAGCAGUUGAUGAGUGAUGAUGGAUCGUCGAAUGGCCAAAAUUCGUUACGUACCUCACGUUCAUCGCUUAUUAAACGAAAGAGGACCGAUCGUGUUGGCCAUCCAUGGCUUCCUGUUGCUUUCGCAGCUUCGUUGUUCGGGAUUCUUGCCACCGUCAGUCUUAUGCUUGUGCUUGCUUGUUUAGCAAUUAGGCAAAAACCAUGCGACGAACAUCGGACACCGAACACCGUUCUUCUGAGGGAGAACAGCGAUGAGCUCGAUAGAAUUUCGAGAGAACUUUCAACCUCAUUCGAUCCAAUGAAAAUCAAACACAAUAUAAGAUGGAUGGCAGAAACAUCUCAUAUUGCGGGAACUAUCGAAAAUGCUGUGCUCAUUCGACGAUUAGCCGAUGAGUACGCUCGACUAAAAUUCAAAGUGAAGACGUAUAACUACAGCGUUCUUCUUAAUUAUCCAGAUUUUGAGAAUCCAAAUACAAUUAAAGUGGAAAAAGAAGAUGGAAUAUGGUGGCGUUUAAGUCGUGGACGUGGUCAUCCCAGUGGACCUCCACAAGCAGUUAACGAGCAAUUUGAUGGUCGAUCCGAAUUAUGGUGGAACGCGUACUCGGCAAAUGGGACUGUUGAGGGUCGAAUGGUAUACUGUAACUUUGGAACGGCCGAAGAUUUUAAAACAUUGGCAGAGAUGGGAAUUAGCAUUGAUGGUGCGAUAGUGUUAAUGAGGUACGGUGCACUUGUGAGGUCAGAAAAAGUUGAGGAGGCCGAGAGAAGAGGUGCGAUUGGUGUAAUCCUCUACAGUGAUCCAGCUCAAUAUGUUACAUCAAGUAAAAAUGCUACAUUCCCACACUCAACUUCACUUCCUGGUUCGGCAGCUCAACGUGGAUCUGUGGGGAGAGUUCCCGGUGAUCCGUUGACCCCAAUCCUACCGUCACUUCCAUACGUCACCCGUAGUGAGACCAUAGAGAGUUUACGGCGAAAAAAACUUCUUCCUGGGAUCCCCGUGACUCCUAUCGGUUAUGACGAUGCACAGCGAAUAAUGGAAUAUAUGGACGGACCUGUAGUGACGCGUAAUGACUGGACUGGUGGAAUGUCAACGUAUGUAUGGUACAGCCGAAGAAAAUUUCAGCUAAAUGUUCGAUCAAGAUUUGUUAAAAGAACAAUCACCAAUAUUAUUGCUGUCAUGGAAGGAAAUGAGGAGCCCGAUCGUUGGGUGAUGCUUGGAAACCACGUGGAUGCAUGGGGAAAGGGAGCCAUUGAUCCUAUCUCCGGAACCGCUUUGCAGCUGGAAGUGGCAAGAGUUGCGGCGAAGGUGCUUGGUCCGAAUCCACCAAGACGAUCGCUUGUAUUUUGUCACUGGGAUGCGGAAGAAUUCGGCUUAAUUGGCUCUUCAGAAUGGAUUGAGCAAAGACUUGGAGUUCUCCAGAGAAGAGCUGUUGCCUACAUAAACGUAGAUCAUAUCGCGGGUGGAAAUUCUUUGGAUAUCAAGGCUGUUCCUCUUCUCUAUAGGACAAUAGUAGAGGCGUCUCAAAGAACGCGGUAUUCGGAUGGUUCUACCGGUGAAAGUCUUCUCGAUUCAUGGAGACAUUUUCGACGUCGUGGUCCCUUCGUUGGUGACCGCGCUGUUCCGGAGAUUGGUCUUCCUGCUGGUGGAUCAGAUUAUCAGAGAUUUAUAACUUUUGCUGGAAUUCCUGCUGCUGAUGUAAAACUGGAACCCGGACCAGGACAAUCCUAUGCGCUUUAUCAUACAAUGUAUGAAACACCGUGGACAGUUGAGAAUUUAAUCGAUCCGAAUUUUUCCUCAUUUACAUCAGUAGGACAAUUAUGGUUAGAAAUUGUACAUCGUCUAGCUAAUAGUUUGGUGAUACCGUUCAAUGCUCUCGACUAUGCACAAUCACUUCUUGUUCUAUUCCAUAAGGCUGAGGUCCAACUUUCGAAACUGGAUCUGAGUAAAGCUGCACCAUGGCUACCUCAUAAGUUGAGCAGUCUUAAGGAGGCAUUACGACGUUUGCAAAAUACCGCUAGGCGGUUACAAAUGGAAGCACAGGAUAUCGCAAACGGUGUGAUUGAUGUAUCGAUUCAACGUCUUGAAUUCAUCAAUAUACGCCUACAGUAUCUUGAACGUUCGUUUCUAGACCAAACAACGAUGGAGAAUCCAUAUUACAGGCAUUUAGUGUUCUCACCAUCUUCACAUUCAUCCAAAUUCACAUCUUUUUCCAGUAUCCUUGAUCCAGCUUUAGAUUAUCAUUUAUCAAAUAAUGAAACGUAUUUGCAUAAUUUAGCUAUGGCUAUUACAAAAGUACAGUAUGCCGUAGAAUCUGCCAUUGAUACAUUACAUUAG